AUGUUCCGACUUGUUUCGAGGUUUACUCGAGUAUUAUCGAAUGAGCCAGGCCUGUUCUCAGAGCGUCCAAACCCACUAGAAACUUUGUAUCAGUACGCUGAGCAGUGAGCCAGUCUUGUAUUUACUAUUAGAUCUUUUCAGGCAUUUUAGGUGCAUCACUCACAAAAACACUGACUGCACCUCAGGUGCAGUCCAGUGCACCUCGGGUGAAUGCACCCACGACACACCACACCGCACCGCACCUGAUGUGCAGUCCAGUGUUUUGUGGGUGCAAUCCCAAAAUGCCUGA